AAUAACAAUGAAGAGUUUGUUGCAGAAGACACAAUUGAAGAAGAAGUAGGAGAAGAUUGUGAUGCAUCUGAUGGUGAAGAGGAGGUGGAAUUCAUGGAUGUGGAAGCCAUUCUGGAGGAAGAUGAUGGGCUUCAGUAUCAGCUGCCGAAACAUCAUCGGUGUGCAUGCCACUUACUAAAUUUAGUUUCCACAGUCGAUGUUGAUCGGGCUAAUAAGACAGAAGCUUACAAGAAAUUGUCCAGAUCAGCCUUUUCUAAGUGUCAGGCACUCUGGAAUAAAGCAUCAAGGUCUCCUCAAAAUGCAGAACUUAUAGAGGAACACUGUAAGCUUCACUUGGUACAGCCUAAUUCAACUCGAUGGAACUCUUCUUUCAUGGCCAUGGAAUGUGUGGUCAGAAUCAUUAGAGACCAAGGAGAGGGAUCUGUGAGAACGGUCUGUGCUGCACUCAAUGUUCCAAUGUACAGCCCGGCUGACAUAGCCUUUUUAGGGGAAUAUGUCACCACCAUGAGUCCGGUUGCAAAGUCCUUAAACAUACUACAAGGAGAAGUCAACGUUCAGAUAGGCUGGCUGCUCCCGACAAUCACCACCCUCACAACCAAGCUGGAAAAGUCUAGACCGUCACUCAGAUUUUGCAAGCCACUUGUUGAUGCUCUUCUUGAAGGUUUGAGGAAGCGGUUUGAGAGCAUGAUGUUGGAGCCAGAGCUAAUUGCAGCAGCCAUUCUCGUUCCAAGGUUCAAAACCUCCUGGACCAGCAAUGACUGUCCUACAGCUUGGCCUUAGUUACAUCAAGGAACAUCUGCCAGAACACGAUGAAGGUCUUCGGUCUCCUGAUACCACAUCAACCUCUUCUGAUGAAGAUGACUUCUUUUCCAAUGUCAAGCAGACACAUUCCCAUGAGAUAAGUAAGCAACCUGAUGGAUACCUAGCCGCUACAGCUGAAGGAGUGAAUACACUGGCCCCCUAUCCAGCUGUGCGUAACCUCUCACUAAAGCUCAACACAGCCCUGCCAGCUUCAGCAGCGUGUGAAAGGCUUUUUAGCAUAGCAGGUUUGCUUUUCACUCCAAGAAGGGGAUCAAUUCAUUCACAGAAUUUUGAGAACCAACUUGAAAGUUGAACAAGGACUUCAUGACAUUUAAUUGAAUUGAAGUACAGUACACACAUACACACACACACACACACACGCACACAGAGUUGUCACACAUAGAUUGUGUGUGUGAGAACAGUGUUAUUCAGCUGAAAGUAUUUUCUCCUGCCUUUGCCUGUAUGUCAAUGUGAGGGGAAGGGGCUUAAAACUGUCACUCAAAUGAGCUGAAUUUUUUUUUCUUUGUACGCUGACCUAAACACAGCUGAUUAUCUUUAUCAUUAUUAUUUUCUCUUCUUUGCUCUAUGCUGCGUGUAUAACACGGUCAGGUUCAGAGUCAGAACAUUGCUAUAUUGCCUUCUUUGCUGGUUUAGGUUUAUUGAUUUGAGUGAUGGAAAAAACAGAAACUCACAUGUCGACACAAUUGUUAGCUGAUUUUUUUUUUUUCUGAUAUUACACAAUAAUGUAAGCUGAGCAUUUUCUUUGAUGUUCUGUUUAAGACAGUCAGGUUCAAAUGUGGGUACAAAAAAUCCAUUAAAACUCUAGCAGAGGUUUGUCAGAGUGUUGCCAUUGUGCUAUUGCCUUGUGGGCAAGUGAAAAAUGUUAAAUAAAACAACAU